AUGUCAUUUAACGACAAUGGCGACUACUUCCCUAUUUAUGCCGAGUGCCUCAGCUUCGAAAUGCUCACCAUCAUCCUCAGCACGGGAGGUCGCAAGGUGUUGGAGCCGACCAACGCCAAGAGGCCCAGCACGCUGCAAUUCGUGGGAGAAUGGGCCAAGGACAGAAACAUGAUGCGCAGAAGGCUGGUGGACCGGCUGGAGAAAGAAAACCUGACAAUGGAGAAUCACAAGUACGGGUUGACUCCCGAGACGUUCAAUGCUGAUGAGGGUCUCUCGUCCUUCUUCAACAUCCUCACCACCACUGCUGAUGACGAUGGCAAGGAGUACAUAUCAACAGUGGAGGCCAAGAGAUACCCCUUCACUGCUCUACAGUGGCACCCUGAGAAAAAUGCGUACGAGUGGGGCAACCCCAUCUUCCCACACUCCUCCGAUGCUGUGCAGAUCACACAUGCUGCUGGCACAUUCUUUGCCAAAGAGCUUGAAAAUGCAGAUACCACGCCUGUCGCCGCGACAGCCGCCGCAUCAGCCGCCGUUCUUACAACGGCAGCAUUUGUUAGAGAGGAAGAUAACGUAGGGGUAGUGACAGACAAGCCUGCUGUUGACGUGGCGAGAGGGCGAGAAGAGGAGCAGGAGGAGGAGGAAGAGGAAGAGGAAGAGGAGUGGGAUGGGGAUUGGGAGGACGAGGAGGAGGGAGAAGACGAAGAUGUGAGGGUAGAGUUGUGGGAGGGUGAUUUACCCCCGAUGACGGAGGAGGAGGAGCGGGAGCUGCUUCUAGAGGCGGAGCGCGAAAUCGCGCAACUGGAGGCGGAGAAAUUGGCGGGAGCUGCGCCUGCGGCGGGACGCAUGGUGGACGGCGAUUGGUUGCAGGAAGACGGGGAGAUCGGCGCGGGUGCGGGGCGGGAGAUGGGCACAGGGAAAGCGGCGCGCGAGGAAGGGGCGGAGGCGGGUAAGGGCGCGGGGGAAGCGGCGGGGGGAGCGGUGGCGGACAUGGAGGGGGAGAUUGCGGCGCUGCGGCGGCAGCUGGCAGAGAUGGAGAGGGAGCUGGCGGAAGCCAAGGCGCGGGAGAGGGCGCAAGCAGCGGUGGAAGGGCUUAGGGGACAAGGAAACCCUGAACCCCGGGGUUCUGCGCCUGAACCCUCAGGGAUUGUCGUAGAGAAGGCGGAAGCAGCGGGUGUGAGAAGCGAGAGCGAUUCCAGACGGGUUCGCGACGAAAUAGUGGGGGGAGAGGAGGGGGAGGGAGAGGGUAAGGAGGACGACGUGGAGGAAGAGGAAUUGGAGGAGGACGUCGACGAUUUGUCCCAUUUGAGGAGGAAAGAGCAGAGGCGGCUGCGAGAGGAGAUGCGGUGGCUGGAAGGGAAGGACGAGGACGGAUGGGAGGGCAACGACGCAUCAUCAUCACCAGCAUCAGACGCUGAGCGAAGAGGGUUACCAGCAGUGAUGCGAUGCUUCGACACGGCGAGGGUUUUCAUCAAAGCGGGCGACGGCGGCGACGGAAUAGUGGCGUUCCGCCGGGAGAAAUUCGUCCCGGACGGCGGGCCGUCGGGCGGCAACGGCGGGCGGGGCGGCAACGUAAUCAUUACUGCCGACCCGGCGCUGAAUUCCCUCCUGCCGUUCCGCCGGUCGGUGCAUUUCAGGGCGACGCGCGGGGCGCACGGGAAGGGGAGCAACAGGCAUGGCGAGGCGGGUCGGGACAUAGAGAUUAAAGUCCCCCCCGGGACUAUUGUCCGCGAGGUGGUGGGGAGGGGGCCUGUGCGGGAUUGGGGGGUGAAGAACGGUGGAGAGGAGUGGGCGGAAGGGGAGGGGGAGGCGGAUGGGGCGCAGGGGGGGGGAGGGGAGGGGGAGGGGCGCGCGCUGCUGGAGCUGGUGCGCGCGGGGCAGAGCGAGGUGCUGCUGGCGGGGGGAAGGGGCGGGCGGGGGAACGCGGCGUUCAAGACUGGGCGCACCAACGCCCCCCAGAUCGCGGAGAAGGGGGAGGAGGGCCCCGAGAUGUGGGUGCAGCUGGAGCUGCGGGUGGUGGCGGACGUGGGCAUCGUGGGAGCGCCCAACGCGGGCAAGUCAACGCUGCUCGCUACCAUCUCGGCUGCCCGCCCCAAGGUGCCCAACUAUCUCUUCACCACGCUGGUCCCAACCUGGGAGUGGUGGCGGUGCCGGGGGGAUUCCACCCUCCAGCAGCCCAGGCACGUUGCCCAACCUGGGAGUGGUGGCGGUGCCGGGGGGAUUCCACAGCAUGGUGUUGUGUGGGCAACGUGCCUAGGCUGCUGGAAGGGUGGCUCGCCCCUUCCCCUCCCUCUCACCUCUUGCUUCCUUCUCUCCACUACUCGCGCAUCCCUUCGCUCUCCUUCUUUCCAGGUGGCGAACUAUCCCUUUACCACUCUCGUCCCCAACCUGGGGGUAGUUGCAGUACCAGGAGGCUUCGACAGCAUGGUGGCCAACUACCCAUUCACCUGUGUUUUGAGUCGACUCAAAACACACCCAGGUGGCCAACUACCCAAUCUUGGAGUGCUGGCGGUGCCAGGAGGCUUUGACAGCAUGGUGUGGGCGGACGUGCCUGGGCUGCUGGAGGGUGGCUCACCGCUUGCCUCUCUCCUUUGCUCUCCUCUCCACCCACCCGUCUCCCCGUAUCAACCACAGGUGGCCAACUACCCAUUCACCACGCUGGUCCCCAACCUAGGCGUGGUGGCGGUGCCAGGUGGAUGUGACAGCAUGGUGGCCAACUACCCAUUCACCACUCUGGUUCCCAACCUGGGAGUGGUGGCAGUGCCAGGCGGGUUCGACAGCAUGGUGUGGGCGGACGUGCCUGGGCUGCUGGAGGGAGCGCACGUGGGGCGAGGGCUGGGCCACCAGUUCCUGAGACACACCGACCGCUGCAGAGUGCUGGACGGACCUGCCAGACGCGCAGCACCAGUGCCCCUUGCACUCUCUCACGCCCUCUCCCAUGCUCUCUCUCACGCUAUCCCCCCUGCCAUCUCCCCGUCUCCUCCUCCGUACUCCCAGAUUCAUGUCAUUGACGGCAGCAGCCCCCAGCCUGACCUAGAGCUCCAGGCAGUCACGAGAGAACUAGACCUCUUCUCUCCUUCUCUCGCCGCCAAGCCGCGGGUGAUUGUCUUCAAUAAGAUGGACCUGCCAGACGCGCAGCACCAGUGGGGAAGCUUCCAGGAAGCCGUGCGGGAGCUGGGGCUGGGAGGGGAGGGGGAGGAGGACGGGGCGUGGUGGGGAGGGGCGGAGGGGGAAGGGGAGGGGGAAGGAGAGGGGAGGAAGGGUCCGGUGGUGCUGAGCAUGAGUGCUGUGACAGGGCAGGGCACACAGGAGGUGGUACAGGCUGCGUAUGGGCUGCUGAAACGCGUGCAGGGGGAGAGCGACGGAUGGGGGGACGAGGAGGAAGAGGAAGCCCCUAACACCACUCGCCAGCGCCUGGGCUUGGCAGCAGAGGUGCAGCGAGCGAGGCGGGCGGCAGUGAACGAGUUCCGGGUGGCAUUCGACGGCCACACGCGCGUGUUUGAAGUGACAGGGGAGGGCAUUGAGCGAUUCGUGCAGAUGACCAACUGGGAGUACUUCGAGGCAGUGAGGCGCUUUGCCCAUGUGUUGGAUGCGAGUGGCAUCAAUGAGGCAUUGAGGGCGCGGGGCGUGCGCGAGGGGGACACGGUGGUGAUUGGACAGGCAAGUGGCAUUAACGAGGCACUGAGCGCGCGGGGCGUGCGGGAGGGGGACACGGUGGUCAUUGGCCAGUUGGAGUUCACAUGGCGGGAGUCAGACGACAUAAUGGAGGCAGUGGGGGGCGACUGGAAGCACUCAAUGCUCUGUGCAACUCGCCACUUGCUCUCCCUGUGUGUUAUCGUCUCCCCUCCUCCCCCAUUCCAGCUGGAGUUCACGUGGAGAGAGUCAGAUGACAUAAUGGAGGCCGUGGGGGGUGACUGGAAGCGCGGCAUUAGGGGGUCGAAGCUGUGGCCGCACUAG